GAAUCAGUGGUGAAAGAAUUUCUUGUUUGAUAAUCUGGUUUUUUGGGUGGGAUUUGAACUCAAGUCUCAUGCUUGGUAGGUAAGUUCUCUACCACUUAAGCCACUCCCCAGCUCUUUUGCUUUAGUCUUUUUAUAGGCUCUCCCAUUUUUGCCCUGGUGGGUCUAGACCAUGAUCCUCCUAUCUAUGCCUCCUGUGUAGCUGGGAUUACAGGUACACACCACCAUUCUUGGCUUAUGGAUUGAGCUGGGAUCUUACAAAAUUUUUGCUCUGGCCUCAAACCAUGAUCCUCCUCCUUUCUUACCUUCUGAAGUAGCUGGGAUUUUAGGUGUGUGCCACUGCACCUGGCUUUUUAAAAAAAUGUAGUGCCUAUUAUGUGUCAUUCAUUUUCUUAAACAUUCAUCAUUGAAAAUGAGAACCCAAAGGGCUCGUUUUUAAUCUAUGCAUGGUGUGGCUUUAGAUUUCUGUGAUGGUGCCUGGGAGGCUUUGAGUGAUUGAAGGGGACUGGUCCACAGUUUCUACCUUGAACCAGUCCUAGUCUACUGAAAUAUCUCUUAUACAGUGGUAAAGGUUUUUGUUUUUAUAAAAUUCCAUUGCUUAAAAACGUUUAAAUGCCAUUACUUUAUGGUAUUGGUAUUAUUGUACACAGGAAAAUAAAUCACUUCUUUUGAAGAAUCAUUUUGGAUUGUUCACAUCUCAAAGGAAUGAACGAAAUGCAUGACUUUUCCUCUCACUGGGUCAUAAGUGCAACCUAUUGGAAUGCUUAGAAUUCUUUUUUUUGCAUUUUUAUAACUUUGAUUUCAUAGCCAAAAGUCUUAUAACUCACAAACUAAGGAGUAAAAACUUAAGCAUCUGACAAGAGGCAUGAUUGCAUUCCUGUUGGUUCUGAUUAACUCAAUUGUUAGCUCUGCCUUCAAAACAAGACUACUUCUAAGAGAUACUUUCUAAGAGAUGCCCAAUUAUGUCUUUGUGUUUUCAGGAGUCCAUUAAAAAUUUGGUCUGUUUAAUGUCUCCUAAAAAAACAAUACAAGGGGUUGAGAAGAUUGAAGAAGGCUGAAAGCCAGCCAAUGGACUCAGUUGGUGGGCUCCACUAUCUCACCAUGACAGCUGAAAAUUCUACGCCUGGAGACUUGUCUCUGGUCCCCCUCAUCACUUGCAAGCUCUGCCUAUGUGAACAGUCUCUGGACAAGAUGACCACACUCCAAGAAUGCCAGUGCAUCUUUUGUACAGCUUGCCUGAAACAGUAUAUGCAGCUGGCAAUCCGAGAUGGAUGUGGGUCUCCCAUCACUUGCCCUGAUAUGGUGUGUUUAAACCACGGGACCCUGCAGGAAGCUGAGAUUGCCUGUUUGGUACCUGUGGAUCAGUUUCAGCUUUAUCAGCGGUUAAAAUUUGAGCGAGAAGUUCACCUGGACCCCCAUCGAACGUGGUGUCCUGUUGCAGACUGUCAGACAGUGUGCCCUGUUGCAGCAAGUGACUCAGGACGGCCUGUGUUGGUGGAAUGCCCUUCUUGCCACCUAAAAUUCUGCUCAUGUUGCAAGGAUGUAUGGCAUGCAGAGGCCUCCUGUAGAGACAGCCAAUCUAUUGUCCUGCCAACCGAGCACGGAGCCCUCUUUGGGACAGAUACGGAAGCCCCAAUUAAGCAAUGCCCAGUUUGCCGGGUUUAUAUCGAACGCAAUGAAGGCUGUGCUCAGAUGAUGUGCAAGAACUGCAAGCACACAUUUUGCUGGUACUGUCUGCAGAACCUGGAUAAUGACAUUUUCCUCAGGCAUUACGACAAAGGGCCAUGCAGGAAUAAACUUGGACACUCAAGGGCAUCAGUAAUGUGGAACCGAACACAGUUCUGGAGGCCUGGAAGUCUGAGGUUCAGGUACCAACAUGGUCAGGUUCUGGUGGUAGGGAUUCUUGUGGGAUUGGGUAUCAUUGCCUUGGUCACUUCACCCUUGUUACUCCUGGCCUCUCCGUGUAUAAUCUGUUGUGUCUGCAAGUCCUGUCGAGGCAAGAAGAAAAAGCAUGAACCAUCCACAACCUAAAGACUUCUGUGUUCAUGUGUCACAGAUGUCUAGGUUACUGGAGACAGCACAGUGAUCAAACCCCACUUAGUGAUGUUGCCUCCUUCUCCUUGCCAAACUUUGGAAGUGCCUCUGUGUCUAGACUUUGAACUUGCCUGCAAGCAUUCAGCGUUGGAAAAGGCCAAGUCCCAAGUACAAGUGUUCUUGUGCAACAAGAACCUGACUCUGCGGUCCAGGCUGUGUCUGUGGAGUAUGUUGGGAACUUUUGGGUUGCUUGGGAGGAACUAACACACCAUCAUAUUAUCAUCUAAAGGAUCUCACUGGGCUGCUCAUCUUCUAGCCAAAUUCAAGGAGCCUGUGUGAACAUUCAAUAUAAUAAAUGCGUUGUCAUGGUUGGCAACAUACAUGAUAACUGAGAAGAAGAGUCUGUUCUGUGUUGAUUUGACCGCCAUGAGAGUCAUGGCAGAAAGCCAGUGUGAUGGGGGAAGGGUAAGACUGUAUAAUGAGAAAUUCUCAUAAGAGUGAUAAAGCAGGCUGCUUAUCUUAGGAGUCAAUACAUUGGUUGUGCCUGUGCUGGCUACUGGGUGUGCUAUUCCAAACGUUCCUACUGUGACUUGGCAGAAACAUAAUAAGUUUCUCCUUGUGUGAUCUCAGCUUCAAGCAAAAGAAACUGCUGUGCAGAGACAGUGGCCCUUCUUAGGAAAAGAGUUGCAGUGUGCAAAACAACAUGGUCUAAUUCGUGUCUCUCCUUUUCCAACUCAUCUCUUACAGCCAGUAGCAAAGGUCUACAAAAUUGUUUUAUAUGGAAUAUGGGUAGAAGCGUAUAAGUUCAAAACCUUUGUCACAGACAAAUAAGGACCUUUUCUGGGCUCUGUGUUCAUACCCCCAACAGAUGUGGGAGUGGACCUGAAAAUAUACAUCAUGUACAUCCAGUAUCCAUAUGAUUUGUAGUCUACUUAGAAUUUCUAUGCAUUGAAUAUGCAUGGAUAUACCCAAUGAUAAACACAAAUAGUUUAUUUCAAACCCUUCUUUAUAUAAGUAAAAUGGUUUAUCAGUCGACCUAAAAUAUUUUUUGCAGAGUAUAUAGUUGUAAGCUCACAACUUACUUUAAGGUAUAGAUUCAGAAACAUAACUCUUUUAAAAUAACACUUAGUACAAUAUCUUGCCAUGUCUAUGAAAAUACUGAUAAUCAAGUUAUUUGCAUAUUUUCAAACAUAAUUCAGAGCAGCCCUUCUCAGCAUAACUCAAUAUUGCUCUUCAGCAGCUGUUAUGCAAUAUGAAUACUUUCUGUGUGAACAAGACACUGAAAAGGCAGCAAAAUGUGUAAGAAAUGAAGUGGAAACGUUUUUACAUAUCUUCAAUAGCUUGGAUUUAUAUCACCUCAUUGUGACUUAUUUUUCUCAUUAUACCAUUAGCCAGAUUUGAAUAAAUGGGGUUUUGAAAAGAUAACAGCAUUUUCUCCAGUGACGGGAUUGCAUAAUUACCAUUAGGAAUGCAGCCUGGUGCUUCAUGGGAAUUAUGUUAAAUAUUAACAGAUACUGCUUCUGGAAGCCAGGGAUACCUUAUCAGGAACUAUUCAGGACCUAUUUUCUGAGGUAACUGGGUGACUAGAUUUUUAAGCUGCUGCUAUUCUGGACCUACUAUUAAAGACUGAUGCUUUCUCUAUGUAAUGGAAUGUAUCCUAAGUGGGGAUGUGUAUAUUUAGGGGUCUUAAAUUCACACAUAUAUAUUGGUAUCGGACAUGUAUAAUGUAUCCAUUAAUCAUGUAAUUUUUAUUUAUGAUUUGUAUAGAAUAUAGAGGAGAACUCUGGAAAACUUUUGAAUGGCAUCCAACCAAAAUAAUUUAUAAUCGUUUAUUAGAAGUUUCUCAAUAUUAAGUGACUUUCUUUUCCUGUGAAUCUCUAAACACUUCAGAAAAACUCUUCUGUCACAGUGUAUUUCAUAUUAGUGUAAAUACAAAUGUAUAUAUCUUACAUAGCUAAUUUGCUUUGUCUUAUACAUAGCCUACUGCCUCAUUAUAGAUACAGGGCAUUUAAUAACUGCUCAGGGGAUCACAGGAACUCAACUGAAAUUGGAUUUCUGUACCAAGAAUGUCAGUAGUGGCUCCUCCGCUAGUAAACUCUAAGCUUGGUUGCACAAAGACUCUUUAAAUAGGGACAGAAUUUCAGUAACCUGGAGUGCUAUGUUCUCAGAGAAAGAACUUGUGUAUUUGUAGGAAAGGUGGAAGAAACUAUCUAUGCUAUUUCUUUGGCAAAAUUGAAAGAAUUUGUCUUCUAAAAUUGUUGUAGAUUUUACAAAAAUACUAGCUACUUUUUUGUGGCGGGGAGGGAUGGCUAAGGAGUGAAGGGUGUUUGUCAAACUGACUUUAAGUAACUGGAUUUAAGCUUUGUAAUGUUGAAAAGUGCCCGAAAAAUGGUGACUUCUUCCUUAAGUCACAAGUUUGUGAGAUUGUCAGAAUCAAGAGAAAUGGAUUGGUAGGCUGAACCUACCAUAUCUCUGGUGUAUCAAAGGGCACAGUACAAGCCAAACUAGAGACUUGCUUAGGAAGGAUGUUGGAAGCUGAUAUUUUGCUUUUGGGUAAUUGGCCACUGACAGUUUAACUUUGUUAGUUCUACCUGCCAGCUCUAUCCUUUUUCUGUUUUAACAAGAUACAUGGGUCUACAUAAGAACGCUUGGAUGUUGUGACAAAAGUCUUUUUUGUGUUUGGAGUACCAUAGUCCAUUUGAAAUAGAAUUCAAAAAUCUUCCACCAAGUUGUAAUCUGUGUGCAAUAUCCCAUCAUCCAGAAAUACCACUGAUGUAAUGGUACAACAUCUGGCUGUUACCCCUUCUAGGGACUUUCCUCUUGGUACCAGGCAGGGAAGUGAGGAGGAAAGCCAUAUGGAAGCAAAUGUUAAAAUCUUAGGCAUCUUAUUUGUCCAUGCCAUUGGUAUUUGCUUUGGACUUGAAGUCUGUACUUUGAAAGUGGCCUUUGAAAAACAAAUAAUUCACAGUGUGAAUUUUCUUGUAGCCUGGAUCACAAAAAUUUUAUCUAUCCAGGUUUGAAAAUUACAAGUUUGUUUGAAUGUAAACACUGUUUCUUGGAGCCCCAAAUUUUCUCUUAAAAAAUUAUUUAUCAUCUAAGUAUGUAUUACUUUAGCCUUCCCUACACAGGGCUUCUAAAGGAAUUUUCUUUCCAUUCAUGAAUAGAUAGAUGCCUUUUUGAGUAUAAAAUCAUGUGUGUAUAUAUGUAGCUUUAAGGACAAUUUUGGAAAUGCCUUAGAUGAAUGACAUUUUAUAAAGCUGUCAGAAUUGAUAUCUACAGGCUAUUACAUCUCAUGUUGAUUCAUGAUCCAGGAAAUUUUGUUAUGAACAUAAGAAAUUGCUAUUGUAUUAUAUUUUGCUAUUUCUUUGGAAGGGAAAUAACUGUUUUGUCUAUCCCAAAUAAAUGUGAGCAGGAAAUCAAGUGUGUUAACCUUUGUUGUGCUGCACAAUUCUAGACACAUUCAAUUUUUUCCUCUAAGCACCAUCCAAAUCAUUAAAUGCUGGGUUCAGAAUUUACCAAAAGUACCAGAAUUUGCAGUUGAUGGGAAUAGCUCUUGCUACUGUAUGUCUUAAAAGAAAUGGUGGCAAAUGUAAUAACUUUACUUGUUGCAGAUUCUCUUUUGCUAUGUGGACUAUUCCUCACUGCCAAUGCACAGGAUUUGAUCAUUAUCCAGAGAAGUAACCAACAAUACAGGUCUUUAAUCACCUAAUGUACAAUAAUGGUAGGUGUCAAAACCAUUAGUUUACUAAAAUGUGGGUUGAACUAAAUGCUUUCUGAGAUCACUUCCAACCUUCCAAAAGUCUGUUAGAGGAAUGUGUUUCCUUAUUACAAUUUUUAAAGAAAGGAAUUACAUUAGAGUGUUAACUUAAGGUCAUUUCCAUUUUAUUAGUAUUCAAGGCAGGACUCAGCUAAAGUUGAGUGUCAGAAGUUGGUUAACAAGCAGAACAUAUAUUUAGACAAAACUGAAAGGUCACUUUCCUCUACUGGUGUUGAUGCCUUUUUAUUAAAUGUUAUAUUCCUUCCAAAAGGAUACCUUAGUAUAAAUGCUUACAAUUGACUUAUAAUUCAAAUUUCAUUUACUAAU